AUGGAUCUAAGCUCGGGUUCAUCAAGAAACAGUAGGAACAGAGGUUAUGGUAAUCGCAAAAUGUGUGCUUGUCAGUUGCCUGCGAAGAUUUUCACGGCUUGGACAGAUAAGAAUCCUGGCCGAAGGUUCUAUGGGUGUGAACUGUACAAGGAGGGGGGGAAUGACCAUUGCUCUUACUUUGCGUGGCUUGAUGAAGAAGAAGUGAAAGGUUGGGCUAAGAGGGCUUUGAUUCAAGCUCGGGAUGAAAUACGAGAGAAGAAGAAACGUAUCAAUGAACUGACGGCCAGUAUCAAUGAGCUAACAGCUACUGUCAAUGAGCUUCGUAUGGAGUUGGAGCAGAAGAAGGUUGAGAAACCAGGUUCUCGUGAAAUGGUUGUGUAUCGGCGAUGCAUAAUAAUGUGA